UUAUAAGUUCCAGUCAGUAAUAUUUUUAUUUUCUGAACAAAAACUGGAAUGUGAAAGAGCUUGGCGGGAGAUCGAAAUGGCGCAGAAAGAGUUACGAUUUCAAAGGGAGUUAUUGGAGAAUGCUCGAGCGAAUUUUCAAUCGAAGAAAGACAGCGAACUGUGUCUUAUAGAAAAAGAAAGAUGUUCACUGGAGCAAAUUAAGGAUGGUCUAAAGAUUCAUGAAAAGAAUCUUGAUCAAAGACUGCAGGAAGCGAUUAGAAAAGCACGCGAAAAGGAUAGGACUCGAAUAAUGCAAAUGAUUUCUGAAUGGAAUAAAAAGAAGCGAUAUUGUCGAAGAAAUAUGAACUAG